UCGAGCUCGACUUCUUCACUACGAUACCUCCGAGCCCGCCGAAGCCGUACGACUCGGAGCCGAGUGUCGACGAUCAUCAACGAACUAUAUUUAACAUGACAUGCAGGUACUAAGGUAAAUUCCCCGAGACAAAAUGAGCGACAGAGGUCUAUCGGACGAGUUGGUGGCGGCGGCGUGUAAAGAUGGAGACCCCAUUACCAAGGAUUUCAUGAUGCAGCAGACGAUGCUGCGAGUCAAGGAUCCAGUUAAAUCCUUGGAUUUCUACACCAGGAUCCUCGGCAUGACUCUGUUGCAGAGAUUCGACUUCCCCUCCAUGCGCUUCUCCCUCUUCUUCCUGGGAUAUGAAGACAAGAAUGAGAUCCCCGCCGACGUGAAGGAGCGCACUUCCUGGACUUUCUCCCGCAGGGCCACCAUCGAGUUGACGCAUAACUGGGGUUCGGAGUCUGAUGAAAGCCAGUCAUACCACAACGGAAACUCGGAUCCACGUGGCUUCGGGCACAUCGGCAUCGCGGUGCCAGACGUCAACCAGGCCUGUAAGCUGUUCGAAGAGCAAGGCGUCACCUUCGUCAAGAAACCAGACGACGGUAAAAUGAAAGGACUGGCCUUCAUUCAGGACCCCGAUGGCUACUGGAUCGAGAUCCUGAGCCCCAACAAUAUGAUUUCCAUCACCUCCUAAAAAAAAAAGUGAUGGGAGCGGUUUCAUGGAGUUUACGGGAAGCGUUUAGUUGUGGAGCACAGUGUGAGAAAAUAAUCAAAACGUCAAGUUGGAAGCAUUCAAGCCGCUCCAGAAUGAUAUUUAAUGCAUUUAGAUUAAAUGCAUACAUUUUUGUGUUCUGAAAUAAAUUUAAUUUGUGUGAAACAACAGAAUGUAAAUUGUGAUAAGCUGCUGUUGGGAAGAAAAAUGAGAGCUGGCGUUCAAAUACAAAUGAGAACAUUUUCCUCUGGUGCUUUUCAAAAUAAAAUAUAUAACCCUU